AUGGGUCACAGCGGGUUUGGCUCAACUAUGUCCAGUGCCUCUACAAGUACUUCCGGGUGGAACAUCGCGUUCGGAAUCAUAAGCACUAUUGGAUCCAUUGCGGCAGGAAUUCUCAAUCAGAACGAUUACGCGCGUUUCGCGAGAAAACCAUCAGACGCAAUUUGGGGCCAGCUUAUCAGCUUCCCAUUUUACGGAAUUACUUGCUCUAUCAUUGGAAUUUUGGUCACGGCUGCGACACAGGACCGGUUUGGUGAGGCUUAUUGGAAUCUUCCUACCCUGCUAGGCGCUAUAAUUGAGGACGGUGGCUCGAGAUCUCGGGCUGCGGGGUUCUUUGGCGGUGCUGCUCUGGUCGUCUCGCAGAUUGGAGUGAACGUUCCUGGAAACUCAUUGGCAGGAGGUUUCGACUUGGCUGCAACUUUCCCCAAAUACAUCAAUAUCCGUCGAGGUGCCUAUAUCACAGCUAUCGUGUCCAUCGCUUGCAACCCAUGGAAGCUUGUCAAUACUGCCACAACUUUCCUUACCGUACUGAGCAGUUACUCCGUCUUCCUGGGACCCAUGACUGGACUCAUGAUUUCAUCAUACUUCUUUGUUAAUAAAGGCAAGAUCAAGGUCGAAGAUCUAUUCAUUGGAAAUAGUUCUAGUAUUUAUUGGUAUACAUACGGUGUGGAUUGGCGAGCCGUUCUCGGGUGGGCCUGCGGAACUGCACCGUCGUUACCCGGCUUUGUUGCAUAUGUGAACCCCAACAUUGAAGUCCCGGUGGGAUUCAUGCAUUUAUAUUACAUCUGCUUUCUCUCGGGAUUCUUCAUCAGCGCUGGUGUAUAUAGUGCACUUCACCAUGUGUUCCCCGUCCCUGCUGUGGUAAACUUUGUUGAAAGGGCGCCGUCCGCUCGUACCCUGAUGGAAGAAUAUCGGGAACAAUGGGAUCGGGAUGACGAUAGUGAGACAGUGCUCACUUCGGCGCCAAAGUUGGAUGUGAUUUGA